AUGAUCGAAUUGUCAGCCUCGGUGCAGUUUAUCUCAAAUAAAAUCGACGAUUCUAACAAAUUAAUGGAAAGUGUGUCUGUUCAAUUCGCUGAAUUGAGGAAAGAAAAUGAGGAACUGAAAUCCACCGUAGCGGUUCUGAAGAAUGAAGUCACAGUUCUUCGUGACAGGAUGCGACACCAAGAACAAUACUCUCGUGUCAAUAAUGUUGAGAUCAACGGUCUACCCUCUACUGCAGGUGAAAACAUCGGUGACCUACUGCGAGAUGUUGGUACAGCUAUUGGUCUACAAGUAGAGAACAACGACAUAGCGGCAGCACACCGCGUGCCGUCCUACAGGAGAGACCGGGACCCAGCGCUCAUCGUGCAGUUUGUCAACAGAGCUAAGAGAGAUGACUGGAUCAGCAAAUAUCGACAGAUCAAGACCCUGACAGCCCGUGACGUGAACAAGCAGUUCCCAGCACAGCGUGUGUACAUCAAUGACCACCUCUGUCCAAAUAAUAAACUACUUCUCUCCAAACUCAAGCAGAGGUGUAAGGAGAUCGAUUACGCUUUCGCCUGGUCACGUGAUGGGAGAUUCUUCGCCAGGAAAAGUAAGGGGGAGGCGGCCAAGAGCAUCACCAGCUUCGAGGAUGUACAAAAGUUGGUGUAA